AUGGCACACCUGAGGGCGAAGGCGAACUGGGAUGCAGUGCGGGACAUCAAGUACGUGCUUCAGAAGGACCCCUCCAACGCCUUCGCCAUCACCCACCUGUGGUGCUGCUUCUGCUUCUGCUACUCCUUCUAUCACCUGCUACGCUGCUGCCUGCCACUCACCACUCACACCACUGCCACUCACCACUCACACCACUGCCACUCACCACUCACACCACUGCCACUCACCACUCACACCACUGCCACUCACCAUUCACACCACUGCCACUCACCACUCACACCACUGCCACUCACCACUCACACCACUGCCACUCACCACUCACACCACCUCCACUCACCACUCACACCACUGCCACUCACCACUCACACCACUGCCACUCACCACUCACACCACUGCCACUCACCACUCACACCACUGCCACUCACCACUCACACCACUGCCACUCACCACUCACACCACUGCCACUCACCACUCACACCACUGCCACUCACCACUCACACCACUGCCACUCACCACUCACACCACUGCCACUCACCACUCACACCACUGCCACUCACCACUCACACCACUGCCACUCACCACUCACACCACUGCCACUCACCACUCACACCACUGCCACUCACCACUCACACCACUGCCACUCACCACUCACACCACUGCCACUCACCACUCACACCACUGCCACUCACCACUCACACCACUGCCACUCACCACUCACACCACUGCCACUCACCACUCACACCACUGCCACUCACCACUCACACCACUGCCACUCACCACUCACACCACUGCCACUCACCACUCACACCACUGCCACUCACCACUCACACCACCUCCACUCACCACUCACACCACUGCCACUCACCACUCACACCACUGCCACUCACCACUCACACCACUGCCACUCACCACUCACACCACCUCCACUCACCACUCACACCACUGCCACUCACCACUCACACCACUGCCACUCACCACUCACACCACUGCCACUCACCACUCACACCACCUCCACUCACCACUCACACCACUGCCACUCACCACUCACAUCACUGCCACUCACCACUCACACCACUGCCACUCACCACUCACACCACCUCCACUCACCACUCAGACCACUGCCACUCACCACUCACACCACUGCCACUCACCACUCACACCACUGCCACUCACCACUCACACCACCUCCACUCACCACUCACACCACUGCCACUCACCACUCACACCACCUCCACUCACCACUCACACCACUGCCACUCACCACUCACACCACUGCCACUCACCACUCACACCACUGCCACUCACCACUCACACCACUGCCACUCACCACUCACACCACUGCCACUCACCACUCACACCACCUCCACUCACCACUCACACCACUGCCACUCACCACUCACACCACUGCCACUCACCACUCACACCACUGCCACUCACCACUCACACCACCUCCACUCACCACUCACACCACUGCCACUCACCACUCACACCACUGCCACUCACCACUCACACCACUGCCACUCACCACUCACACCACUGCCACUCACCACUCACACCACUGCCACUCACCACUCACACCACCUCCACUCACCACUCACACCACUGCCACUCACCACUCACACCACUGCCACUCACCACUCACACCACUGCCACUCACCACUCACACCACUGCCACUCACCACUCACACCACCUCCACUCACCACUCAGACCACUGCCACUCACCACUCACACCACUGCCACUCACCACUCACACCACUGCCACUCACCACUCACACCACCUCCACUCACCACUCACACCACUGCCACUCACCACUCACACCACCUCCACUCACCACUCACACCACUGCCACUCACCACUCACACCACUGCCACUCACCACUCACACCACUGCCACUCACCACUCACACCACUGCCACUCACCACUCACACCACUGCCACUCACCACUCACACCACCUCCAAUCACCACUCACACCACUGCCACUCACCACUCACACCACUGCCACUCACCACUCACACCACUGCCACUCACCACUCACACCACUGCCACUCACCACUCACACCACUGCCACUCACCACUCACACCACUGCCACUCACCACUCACACCACUGCCACUCACCACUCACACCACUGCCACUCACCACUCACACCACUGCCACUCACCACUCACACCACUGCCACUCACCACUCACACCACUGCCACUCACCACUCACACCACCUCCACUCACCACUCACACCACUGCCACUCACCACUCACACCACUGCCACUCACCACUCACACCACUGCCACUCACCACUCACACCACUGCCACUCACCACUCACACCACUGCCACUCACCACUCACACCACCUCCACUCACCACUCACACCACUGCCACUCACCACUCACACCACUGCCACUCACCACUCACACCACUGCCACUCACCACUCACACCACUGCCACUCACCACUCACACCACUGCCACUCACCACUCACACCACCUCCACUCACCACUCACACCACUGCCACUCACCACUCACACCACUGCCACUCACCACUCACACCACUGCCGCUCACCACUCACACCACCUCCACUCACCACUCACACCACUGCCACUCACCACUCACACCACUGCCACUCACCACUCACACCACUGCCACUCACCACUCACACCACUGCCACUCACCACUCACACCACUGCCACUCACCACUCACACCACCUCCACUCACCACUCACACCACUGCCACUCACCACUCACACCACUGCCACUCACCACUCACACCACUGCCACUCACCACUCACACCACUGCCACUCACCACUCACACCACUGCCACUCACCACUCACACCACUGCCACUCACCACUCACACCACCUCCACUCACCACUCACACCACUGCCACUCACCACUCACACCACUGCCACUCACCACUCACACCACUGCCACUCACCACUCACACCACUGCCACUCACCACUCACACCACCUCCACUCACCACUCACACCACUGCCACUCACCACUCACACCACUGCCACUCACCACUCACACCACUGCCACUCACCACUCACACCACCUCCACUCACCACUCACACCACUGCCACUCACCACUCACACCACUGCCACUCACCACUCACACCACUGCCACUCACCACUCACACCACCUCCACUCACCACUCACACCACUGCCACUCACCACUCACACCACCUCCACUCACCACUCACACCACUGCCACUCACCACUCACACCACUGCCACUCACCACUCACACCACUGCCACUCACCACUCACACCACUGCCACUCACCACUCACACCACCUCCACUCACCACUCACACCACUGCCACUCACCACUCACACCACUGCCACUCACCACUCACACCACUGCCACUCACCACUCACACCACUGCCACUCACCACUCACACCACUGCCACUCACCACUCACACCACUGCCACUCACCACUCACACCACCUCCACUCACCACUCACACCACUGCCACUCACCACUCACACCACUGCCACUCACCACUCACACCACCUCCACUCACCACUCACACCACUGCCACUCACCACUCACACCACUGCCACUCACCACUCACACCACUGCCACUCACCACUCACACCACUGCCACUCACCACUCACACCACCUCCACUCACCACUCACACCACUGCCACUCACCACUCACACCACUGCCACUCACCACUCACACCACUGCCACUCACCACUCACACCACCUCCACUCACCACUCACACCACUGCCACUCACCACUCACACCACCUCCACUCACCACUCACACCACUGCCACUCACCACUCACACCACUGCCACUCACCACUCACACCACUGCCACUCACCACUCACACCACUGCCACUCACCACUCACACCACUGCCACUCACCACUCACACCACCUCCACUCACCACUCACACCACCUCCACUCACCAAUCACCAAACCCUCGCUUCACGCACUAGAAAACAUUCCACCCCACCUCACCCCCUCUCAACUUGCUUUGAGCAUAUCUAUCAAGCGACUGGGCUGCAACAAGGCCAGGCGUAUCUAUCAGGUGGCGACUGCGACAUGGCAGUUGAAGCAUUUCAGAAAGCUUUGAAGCGCGACGGCAACAACAGGGACGUGCUGCUGCAGCUGGCGCAGUCUCAGCGGGAGCUGGGGCGCGUGGAGGACGCGGAGAAGAGCUACCUCAAGGCGCUGAGGCUCGACCCGCGCCACCCACAGGCGUACCGCGUGUACAGCCAGUUCAAGCAGGCCAUGGGGGACCACAGGUGGGUAUGA